GGCGUCUCAGCUAGAGGAACGGCCCCCCGCCCAUCAUGCGAGGGAUCUGGAGCCCAGUGAUUACCCUUGGGGUAAUUCUUCACAUCACCCUAGUGUCGGGAAAGGCAUUAAUUGAACAAAACAAACAAGCACAACAGCAGCAAUUGGAGCAGAAAGACCAAACUGCUCAGAAACGCAUCGGUUAUGAUUACCCUGCUCCGCCCUCCGACCUCGUGAACCCAUUCCAAGAUCAUGAUGACUUGCACGCGCAUGGCGACCACCACGAGGUGAUCGACCAUCACGAGGAAAUCGCCCAUCACGACCACCACGAUCUGCAUGAGGAACACCACGAUGAGCACCACCACCACAUUGAGGAGCACCACGACGACCACCAUGAUCACCAUGACCACCACGACCAUCAUGAUCCCGGUUAUUGGAAAAAGAAAUUAAUCUGGAAACCUGGAUGGAAGAAAAUAUGGAAACCCGCCAAAAAACAAAUAUGGAAGCCCUCAUGGAAGAAAAUCUGGAAGCCGGUGUGGGUACCUACCAAAAUUCCUGUCUGGAAAGAAAUAAAAGUACCCGAUUGGAAGAAAAUCUGGAAACCUGAAUGGAAACCUAUCAAAGUACCAGCUUGGAAGGAAGUAAAAGUUCCAGAUUGGAAAAAAAUCACCGUUCCUGUACACAAAGACAUCGUAGUACCAGGUUGGAAGGAAAUACAAGUUCCUGCUUGGAAGAAAAUUUGGGUUCCUGAAUGGGUUAAAGUAGGAGUUCCAGGUGAAAAAUACUUGGGCAAGGAUCAUGAAGGUUGGGAAUACACAUCUCACGAUUUGUGGAAGAAGAAACUCAUCUGGAAACCAGUGUGGAAAAAGUAUUGGAAGCCAGCUAAGAAACAAAUCUGGAUUCCUGACAAGAAGCUUGUGUGGAAGGACGAGUGGAAACAAAUCUGGAGAACAGAAAAGAAGCAGAUUUGGAUCGAUGAUAAGAAACUAGUAUGGAAGGAAGCCUGGAAGCAAAUCUGGAAGCCAUCUAAGAAACUCAUCUGGGUACCCGACAAGAAACUUGAAUGGAAAGAGGCUUGGAAGCAGAUUUGGAUUCCUGACUGGAAACAAAUUUGGGUGCCAGGUGUAAAGAAGAUCUGGAGGCCUGUUUGGAUAUCGGAAUGGUUCCCGUCGCCUGACCAUCAUGAACACGUACAUGAAUCCCACGGGUGGGACAGAAGUGACCACAACUCUGCCGCGAGCCAGAAGUCGGUCGCGAUCCAGAAAGCCCCGCAACAGCUCGCACCACAGCAGCCCGCGCCUCAGCAACUCCGACAGUCGACGUGGCAGUUUCCAAAAUAAGUUAUUUAAUUUAAGCCAAAAUUGUACAUUAAUGUAAAUAACGAGUCAAAGAAAUACCUAGUUCGGGUUAAUGUAAACGCUAUUGGCUUUUAGACAGAAAAGCGUUUUCUGCCAUAAAAAGUCGAGACUGUAAAGUUCGCACAAGACCUAAAGGACCAAUCACAUCACUGCUCGAAAGAUACGUAAUUCGUAGGUUAUAUUUCAUAUGCUUUUCGACGUUCUAUAAGUACCCCCUUAGAAUGCGAUGCGAAAAUGUGAAACAGCAGCGUUGCGAUUGUCUCUGUGAAAGUGCAAGAUGGAAAGCUUGAGUGUGGCGAACGCACAAGGAACUCUUCUAAAAGAAAAUAAAUAUAAAUAAGUACUUACAAGCUUUAAAAAAGUCAAAUUAUUUUUCUAGUUACCGAUAUUAUUACAAUAAGUCUGAGUAGUGCAUAUGGUGCUGUGUGGUGCGGUAUGUUUGUAGGAAGUAUUAUAUAUUAUGUCAGAUUCUGACACCCACUGAUGCUUUGUGUUUUGUUGUUAUGUAUAGUUUACGUUAAACUUUUACUCUUAAG